ACAGAGGCAGAGCUUCAGGAUAUGAUCAAUGAAGUUGAUGCUGAUGGCAAUGGAACGAUUGAUUUCCCAGAGUUCCUUACAAUGAUGGCCAGGAAGAUGAAGGACACGGAUAGUGAGGAGGAGAUCAGAGAAGCAUUCAGAGUUUUUGAUAAGGAUGGAAACGGCUAUAUCAGUGCAGCAGAGUUGCGUCAUGUCAUGACAAAUCUGGGGGAGAAGCUUACAGACGAGGAAGUGGAUGAGAUGAUCCGGGAGGCAGAUAUUGAUGGUGAUGGUCAGGUCAACUAUGAAGAGUUUGUCCAGAUGAUGACAGCAAAGUAAAAACUGGAAACC